AUGGACGCCAAAGAAGCCAGAGGCGAGAAGUCUGAGAAGCCCGUCGAGGACUGGCAGAAGCGUGCUCCCUACAAGAUCCACGAGUCCAACGAGAACUUCAAGGCUAGAUACGAGGCCAGCUGCCACUGCGGCAAGGUCAAGUACCAGCUGAGCAGAGAGGAGCCUCUUGACUCCAAGCUGUGCCACUGCACCACUUGCCAGACUCAGCACGCUGCACCUUUCCAAUGGGCCGCCAUCUUCCACAAGGAGGACAUCAACUUCUCCAACGGACACCAUGACCUCGAGUGGUACGAUCCCAGCUCAAAGUCGAUCGAGCACAAGCUUCCCUGCAAGGUGCGCUGCUCCUUCUGCCACAGUCCCAUCAUGGACGAGGGUAGAAACAUGAUCCUGCUCUUCCCCAGCUUGGUCCACCUAAAGAACGACGAGGACAAGGCCAACUUCAAGCCUAGAUGCCACAUGUUCUACGGCCAGCGUGUCAUGGACAUCCCUGACGGUCUCCCCAAGUGGUCCGGCCUCAACGACAGCAGCGACCUCAUCGAGGACAGCCCCCCAGAGCUUGUCCGCGAGCACGAGAGAAAGCGUGAAGAGGAGAGAAAGGAAAGAUUCGAGAAGGGUGAGAACAAAUAA